AUGGGACCUGUUUGGCUUCUUCUUCUUCCUCUGCUCCCAUCCCUCCUCACAGCACAGGUGACUCCAGAAUUCGCAUCAGGAGUCACAGCGGAGGCGGAUAACAGCACUGACUCUUUAUCAAACAGCACAGAGACUUCAGACAACUCCACCAACCCCUCCACCACUCCCUCCAGCAACCCCUCCAGCAACCCCACCACUCCCUCCAGCCCCCCUGAGCCUUCUGAGUUUGCUGUGACGCCUUCACAAGCUCCCGCAGAGGAGGAUGAUUGGUCACCAGCUGAGACCUUUUUAUACACUGGAGACCCUUCCACACUGGAAGAGGCCCGCUGCUCACGGACGUACAGCCUAAUAAAGCAGACCGGACCCCUGCCCAGCAGCUUCAGUGUCCCUCUCAGGCCAGCAAUGGAUGCUGUGGCCAACACCGCCAACUUCCUCAACAUGAUCUUCCAGGCCAGUGACCUGCGUGAGAGCACGGUUGAGGAGGACAUGGAGUGGUACCACGCUCUGGUCCGUGCUCUCCUGGAGGCCGACGUGCUCAUCCAGCAUGCCCUGUUCACCUUUGAUGCUGACCCAGCUGCUCUGGUGCCACAGCUGGUGCUCCACGCCACCCGAAACCCCACAGCCAAGGUUCAGACCAUCAUACUCCAGGACUUAUCCAAGGCGUGGGAUAUGCUGCAUCCUCCGGCACCGGCCCCUGAUGACAGCUGGUUCAGAAGCUUUAAAUUCCCAGAGUCAAACCAGCCGCUGGCAGGCCUGUCCAAGCGGGUGCUCCUCAAUGACCUCAGCACCUUGGACACGCCCAAGUGGGGGCAGGGCGACAGCUAUGUGACCAAUCGCAGUGGGGUGCGUUGGGCCAGUGCCCCCUUCCUGGAAUGUGAAGAUGGACGAUUCUUGCCCAACUGGAUGCUCACCCUGUCCACGUCCUUCUAUGGCCUCAAACCUGACCUGACACCUGAGUUCAGAGGUGUGGUUCGCGUGGAUGUCAACAUUCAGGGCAUCGACUUGGACCAAUGUACAACAGGCAACAGCUGGUUUGGUGAUACACACCAGUGCAACCGCACCACCAUGGAGUGUGUACCAGUUCCAGGCCAGGGCUUUCGGCUGGGUCAAUACUGCUGCCGCUGUAGAGAGGGAUACUACAACCCUGACAUAGUCAUUCAGGACCCAGAUGGCGGACCUGUGAACGAGAGUGAGAGCAGCACUCUGUGUUUCCCGGCGAUGCCCAUCUGUCUUCCAUGCUGGCCAGGCUGUAAGAGUUGUCAGGAUGGCACCCCCUGCUGGGUGCAAGAAGACUGGCUUCUGAGGGCCGGCGUGCUGGCCGUCCAAGGCAUCUUCAUGCUCCUCAUCUUUGUCAGUAUGCUGGUGGCCUACCAGCAUCGUAGGAACCGGAGGAUCCGAGCGUCCGGCCUCCUGCUGCUGGAGACGAUCUUGUUUGGCUCUCUGCUCCUCUACUUCCCGGUCUUCAUCAUGUACUUCAGGCCGAGCACCUUCAGGUGUAUCCUGCUCCGUUGGGUCCGAAUGUUGGGCUUCUCCAUCGUCUACGGCACCGUCACACUGAAAAUGUACAGGGUCCUGAAGGUGUUCCUCUCACGAACAGCCCAGAGGAUGCCCUACAUGUCCAGCCUCCACUUGCUGAGGAUUCUGGGAGUGAUGCUGAUGACGGUCAGCUGGUUCCUGUGUGCGUGGACGGUGGGUGUCCUGCAGAACCGUGACAGGAACAUCCCAGUGUUCAUCACAACCAACACAACGGAUGGUCAGGGCUUCAACCUGUGCUACCUGGACCGCUGGGACUACAUGAUGGCCGUGGCGGAGCUUCUGUUCCUGUGCUGGGGCAGCUCUCUGUGGACUGCCGUCAGACCGGUCCCCUCAGCCUUCCACGAACCUCGCUACAUGGGCAUCGCCAUCCACAACGAGCUACUUCUGUCCUCCAUGUUCCACUUAUUACGGUUUACCUUCCCUUCUCUCCAUCCUGAUUGGAUGCUGCUGCUGUCUUUCACACACACCCAUGUGACCAUCACUGUGACACUCGCCCUGCUCUUCAUCCCCAAGUUUCUAUAUGUGUCCAAGCCUGUGAAAGAGGAGAUUGCAGCAGAGGUGUAUGAAGAUGAGGUGGACAUGCGGCGAUCCGGCUCAUACCUCAACAGCAGUUUCCACUCUGUUUGGAGUGAGCCCGGUGUGGACCCGGAUGACUUUCGGGAAGAACUGAAGAAGUUAUAUGCCCAGUUAGAAGUCCACAAGACCAAGAAGAUGACUGCAAACAACCCUCAUCUGUCAAAGAAGCGAAGUUCUCGAUGUACAUUGGGGAGAUCCAUAAUUAGACGAAUUGUUGAGAUACCAGAAAGCAUGAGCCGGCAGUGCAGCCGUGAGGAGAAAGAUGGUUCCUUCCGCAGUAGAAGUGUGCAUAUGUCUGAUUCCUUUAGGAGGUCCCCAGAUACUGUCAGUAUCAGUUACAGAAGUUCAAUUGCGUCACGAUCACCAUCCAUUCGCAAGUCCCAAAGUGAUUAUCACUAUGUCAGAGAAAGAGACUCCUCCAGACGUGACUCCUCCAGGCGUGGCUCCAUUUUAAAGCCCAACUCCGUAAAGAGAUCCUCCCAGCGAUCUGAGACAGACUCCUUAGACAUCCCACCAGGGGUCUGUAAGUCAGUCAGUGCCCAAAACCUGACAAUCGAUACCAAUCUUCUGCAUCCCGAUCACACCAGGCUUCAUAAGUCCUGGAGUCUGACUUCAACUAACAGCCCUUCUAUGGAGAACAUAGCAAAGAUGAACAGAUCCAGCACAGUGCUGAACAAGUCCAGGCAGAGCAUCUCCAUUAGUGACCAGACCAGGAGUGCUCUCCAGUCAGAGUCAUUUGACAAGGCUGAGGUCUGUCCUUGGGAGUUAGAGCAUGAACAAUCAGGGGACAAGAACCAGAAACAUGUCACUUAUGCAAAUUCCCAGGAUGGUGAGCAAGAAAGGUCAUCAUCCCCAGUUGCGCUGAUCUGUCCUUGGGAAUAUUUGCCACCUGUAGAAAAAACUCCUUCAGUGGAAAGGAGUGAAACUGACUCUCCCAAACCACAGGCUCCUGUGUCAGCAAGUGCGCCAGCCUCUCCAAGACCAAAGGUCACAAAAGAUCAGCGUGUCUUCUCCUUCCGGACAACCUCCACUAAGUGGCUCUCUGUGAAAUCAAUUAUGGGAUCCAUGGAUUCAGUCAGCAGGUCCAGCAGGGAGGGAAAUUUAAAUAUAGAGGAUUCUGUUUCACAAAAAAGUCAGGAUAGUGCUUCCACAACACCGAGGUUAGGAACAUCUAAUAGACGUCCAAGCGUGGAAAAGAGGUCACUUCAGAAAAGAAGUUUGACAUUAACAGAUGGAAAACCAUGCCUUGUGAAGCAAAAUGCAGUAAGACUGUCCUCUGUGGAUUCCUCAGAAAGAAGUCCAAGAAGGCUUGUGAUUGUCAAAUCUGCCAUCUAUCCCUCGGACACGGAUGAUAUGCAAAAAGAUGGCACAUAUGAAAAUGUGUUUUUAUCAAGGCAGAACAGCAAACGUAGUAGUAUUACUUCCUGGGACACUGGCAGCACUUCGAGGACUCCUUCAACUCGCAGAAGAAGUAGUCGAAUCACACCAGUUCGUACUAUUUCUCAUGCAGAUAUAUGUCCAUGGGAAGGACCUGGUACUCUACAGCAAGGAGAGGGACCAAGGAAGCAGCAGAGCGUUAAAGCAGAUGUCUGCCCUUGGGAUUCACAAGUAUCUGAACGAACUAAUCUAUGUCCAUGGGAAGAUCAAGCUAGUGUGAGAAGUCAAGGAAGUGGUCGUAGUGAAAUGUGUCCUUGGGAUUCACAAGAUGUUCCGGUUGUUGCUCAUGCUACCUUGUCCAGAAAUCCACGGAAACCGUCUUUGACACCUACAAUAGAUAUAUGUCCCUGGGAUACUACAGAAAACCCCUCAACUUCAGAGAAACAAGAUGAAUAUUCUAAUGUUUGUCCGUGGGAUAUUCAGGACAAGGCUGACGUUGUAUAUGAAAACCUAAAUCGUUCGGGCAGAAAGGGAUCGCUGACAGUGCCCUUACUACAUGAAGUUAUAAAAUCUGCUGUCUCUCCCAGUACACCAAAAGGAAGUUUAAGAAGUGAGCAACUUCCCCAAACAAAAUCACCUGCCAUGCAUUUGGAGAGACAAGUGCCCAAGACAGUAGAAAGUUGUCCAUGGGAGUUCCCAGAUCCACCUAAAUUGGAAAAUAUUUGUCCAUGGGAAGAGGGAAACACACAGCCAACAAAUACAGGCUCACCUUCACAAAUGACUAUCAAGGCAGAUGUUUGUCCCUGGGAUUCAGGACAUCAAGACAAACCAGAAGACUCACAAAAAGGUGUCUUGCCUGUGGAAGGUGUAUCAGUACAGAGAGAGGCUACUGAUGCAAGAGUAAAUGUAUGCCCCUGGGAUACUGAGCAGCCUGAAAAAAUUGUAGCUACCAAGAUUUUGUCACAAGGAACAGAAAGACCACCAAAAGUUCUGCAAAAGCAAGAUAGUGCUCGGGCAGAUGUUUGUCCAUGGGACACAGAUCAGCCGAAAGUUCUACAAAAGCAAGAUAGCGCUCGGGCAGAUGUUUGUCCAUGGGACACAGAUGCACCAAAAGUUCUGCAAAAGCAAGAUAGUGCUCGGGCAGAUGUUUGUCCAUGGGACACAGAUCAGCCGAAAGUUCUACAAAAGCAAGAUAGUGCUCGGGCAGAUGUUUGUCCAUGGGACACAGAUCAGCCGAAAGUUCUGCAAAAGCAAGACAGUGCUCGGGCAGAUGUUUGUCCAUGGGACACAGAUCAGCCGAAAGUUCUACAAAAGCAAGAUAGCGCUCGGGCAAGUGUUUGUCCAUGGGACACAGAAGAGCCAGCAGUUGUCCAAAAACAAGACAGGGCUGCAACAGAGGUUUGCCCCUGGGAAACUACAGAUCCACAAACGUCAAGUGAAAGCAGGCCUGAUAAUCUGAAGAGUGACAAAGAUGAUGUCACAGAGAACCAGGAGCCUCUCUACGUCGAAGAAGCUCGAGCAGAUAUCAGCACAGAGGAGACAGAUGAAGCUAAAGAAAACAUAGCCCUGGGCCGGCGUGACGUUAUGUGUUCCUGGGACAGAUCUGGUUCAUUCACAGAUAAUGCCUCAGACGUUUUCACAUGGGAGCCAGAGAAUAUUCCUGAAGAAGACGAAGACGACGAUGCAGAAUUUGCUGCUGAGGCCCUCGUGUUCCCACCUGACUUGUGA